AUGGAUCAGGAAAAGCAACAGGCCAAUGGCAAUAGCACCGCCGACAAGCCCACCCAGAAUGGUGAUGCUGCUCCCGCUCCUCCACCGCACAAGACUCCCACCACCCCUCCGCCACUAAGCACCGAGGAUGCUGAGGCCUUCAAGGCUGCCGGAAACAAGUACUUCAAGGCUGGAGACUACACAAAGGCCAUUGCAGAAUACACAAAAGCCGUCGAGGCCGAUCCCAAGUCUUCGACAUAUAGAUCCAACCGCGCCGCCGCUUACAUGUCCGCUGGAAAGUACGUCCAGGCUUUGGAUGACUGCAAAGAGGCCGAUGAGCUGGACCCGGACAAUGCCAAAAUCUUGCACAGAAUGGCCCGUGUCUACACAUCUCUGGGACGUCCUAGAGAAGCCCUCGAGACCUACGACCGUAUCACCCCUGCCGCGUCGCAAAAAGACCGCCAACCUGCAGUCACAAUGAACAAGCACCUUACCGAGGCCGAAGAACAGAUCCGCGAAUCUACCUCUGGUUCCAUGGCCAUUUUCGCUCUUGACCAAGCGGAGAAGGGUCUUGGGUCCACCGUCACAAGACCACGAAAGUGGGCUCUGCUCAGGGGUGAGGCAUACUUGAAGAUGGGAAAUGUAAACGCCCUGGGAGACGCACAAAACAUUGCCAUGUCGCUGUUGCGCAACAACAGCGCCGACCCCGAGGCUCUCGUACUCAGAGGACGCGCUCUGUACGCACAGGGUGAGAACGACAAGGCGCUGCAACACUUCAGACAAGCCAUCAGCUGCGACCCCGACUUCAAGGAUGCCGUCAAGUAUUUGCGUAUGGUGCAGAAACUCGAUCGCACAAAGGAAGAAGGAAACGGCUACUUCAAGUCUGGAAAGUACCAACAAGCUGUCGACACCUACACCUCUGCCCUCGAAAUCGACCCCCAAAACCGUGGCACAAACUCCAAGAUUCUGCAAAACCGCGCGCUUUGCUACACCAAACUCAAGGAAUGGCAAAAAGCAAUCGAGGACUGCGAACGCGCACUGAAGCUCGACCCCAGCUACACCAAAGCCCGCAAGACAAAGGCCAAAGCCCUCGGCGAGUCCGGCGACUGGGAAGAAGCAGUCAAGGAACUCAAGUCCAUUGCCGAGAGCAACCCCGAAGAACCCGGUAUCGCAAAGGAAAUCCGUAACGCCGAGCUCGAGCUCAAGAAGAGCAAGCGCAAGGAUUACUACAAGAUUCUGGGGGUGGAGAAGGAUGCAGAUGACAAUCAGAUCAAAAAGGCGUACAGGAAAUUGGCUAUCAUCCAUCAUCCUGACAAGAACCAAGGCGACGAAGCAGCAGCCGACCGCUUCAAAGACAUCGGUGAAGCCUACGAGACCCUUUCCGACUCUCAAAAACGCGCUAGCUACGACAGCGGCGAAGACCUCAUCGACCCCCAUGAGCAAUUCGGCGGCGGCGGUUUCGGCGGCAUGGGAGGCGGCAUGGGUUCGCAGAUUGAUCCUGAAGUGCUGUUCCAAAUGUUUGGAGGCCAGAUGGGCGGAGGUGGCGGCUUUGGCGGCGGCGGUAUGGGUGGCGGCGGUGGCCGUAGAGGUGGCGGUGGAGGCUUCCCCGGUGGGUUCCACUUUGGAUGA